UAGGUGUCGUACACGACGGCCUGUUUUAUCUAGUUUAUCUUGUGUGUUGCAGUGGAAUAGUAAUUUUUUAAAAUAAGUGUGCAAGUACAAUCAAUUAUUAGAAAUUAUUGUGUGUUAAACACAAUACGAUUAUUUUUCUCGAUUACAUCAUAUCAUUCUAGAAUUGUAGGGGUAUUGAACGCAUGUUUUCUGUUGUGAUUGAAAAUGGUUCGUUCAGUGGUUUAAUUGAUAAACGUGCAAAUUGUUAUACGAUGGGGCUUACGCUUACAUCAGAAGGUGUACUGAGCUCUCGUCGACAUUCUGUUGAUAUUAUCGAAUCAUAAAAUGGGUGCGAAUAUAUCACAAUUAGAACGAGAUAUCGGCUCUGAUCAAUUUCCUCCCAACGAGCAUUAUUUUGGCUUAGUAAAUUUUGGAAAUACAUGCUACAGUAAUUCCGUGCUGCAGGCUUUGUAUUUUUGUCGUCCAUUCAGAGAGAAAGUGUUAGAAUACAAGGCCCGAAACAAGCGAACCAAAGAAACAUUGCUAACAUGUUUAGCAGAUCUCUUCUACAGUAUUGCCACCCAGAAAAAAAAAGUUGGAUCAAUCGCUCCAAAAAAAUUUAUUGCUAGAUUGAGAAAAGAAAAAGAGGAAUUUGACAACUACAUGCAACAAGAUGCUCACGAGUUCCUUAAUUUUCUGAUAAAUCACAUCAAUGAAAUCAUACUUGCUGAACGAAACCAAAGUAGGCUUGCUGGUGGAAAAGGUGGAGCUGGGGAUCCAGGAUCCCUACCAGAGCCAACAUGGGUGCAUGAGAUUUUCCAGGGUAUUUUAACAUCGGAAACUCGUUGUCUGAAUUGCGAGACAGUGUCAAGUAAAGAUGAGGAUUUCUUUGAUCUGCAAGUGGAUGUUGAUCAAAACACUUCAAUCACUCAUUGCCUGAAAUGUUUCUCUAAUACCGAGACUUUGUGCAGUGACAAUAAAUUCAAGUGUGAUCAUUGUAGUAGUUAUCAGGAGGCUCAGAAACGCAUGAGGGUGAAAAAGCUUCCAAUGAUAUUGGCUUUGCAUUUGAAAAGAUUCAAAUACGUAGAACAAUAUAAUCGACACAUUAAAGUUUCUCACAGAGUAGUCUUCCCGUUGGAGCUAAGGCUCUUCAACACUGUGAGUAAAAGAGUAUGUAAAUCUAAUAUAUGUAUAUCGUGUACUAUUCGAAGAAUUCCUUCAUUACAGAGCGACGAUGCUGUGAAUCCAGAUAGAUUGUACGAUCUAGUAGCUGUGGUAAUACAUUGCGGCAGUGGUCCCAACAGGGGCCAUUAUAUUUCUAUUGUUAAGAGCCAUGGAUUUUGGCUCCUUUUUGACGAUGAUAUGGUAGAUAAAAUAGAUGCUGCAACGAUAGAAGAUUUUUAUGGGCUCACAUCCGACAUCCAAAAAAGCUCGGAGACGGGCUAUAUAUUGUUUUAUCAAUCGAGAGAUUGUAGCUAGAAAUUGACUUCUAGUUUAGCAAUUUUAGAUUUUAACACGAAUGAUGAUGAUGCGUGCGAAUUCAUGGAUGUUUAAUUAGUAUGAUAAGGGACCGUUUAUGUUAUUCGUCAGAUUUAAGAAAUUUGUUGUCCAACAUCUUUACAGAGUUGGAACGUUAAUCCCUUCCAUUGGUUAUUUGAAAAACGUAUAAAGAUAUACCGAAGUCGUGAGAUCAAUGAUAUGCCAGGAAUCAAUAUGAGUAUUUAUUGCAAUUAGAAGCAAUCAGGAAAUGUUGAUAUAAGGUCUAUUUAUUUUAAUUAUGUACUACUUAGAACUAGUCGAACUGAAAGUAAAAUGGUAAAAGCUAAAAGAAA